AGCCAGUCUCACUAAACACACGGCGAGGGGUCGUUGUGUUUUCCCGCGCGAUUCCGUGCAAACUUCGCGCGUUUUCAAACUUUGUUUCUGUGAUCAUGAUUCGAUUUCCGAACAGUUUGUUUUUUUGUUGUGUGUGAGUUUGGAACAGUUGGCGGGGAGCGGUGUCGGUGCAGUUUUGGCUGAGUUUUGAGAUCAUUGGGGCCACCAUAGCUGAUAUUUCAUAGAUUAAUCGAAAAAUGGAGCGUCCAAGAAUCGCCGGCGUCAUUUAUAUAGUCGUCUCACUCGCACUCGUCACCGAGAUGCAAAUCAACGUUCUGGCUAAAGACAACCCGAAGAGGCGAACGAAGGAGAAAACGGGAGGUUUCCAGAAGAAUAUCUGCGACAUAACCGACCGAGACUCGAAGGUGCAUUGCUACUGUGAGAACACGAGGGAGCUCAGGAAUGCUACAAAAGCCGAGUGCUGGGUGUUCAACGGGGGCAUCCCCCGCGAUGACGUCAUCUGGCAGAGCUUCGCAUCGCAGCCCAAUCUGCAGAGUUUAUCUUUCAACGUGCGUGUGGACGGCGCGCUCGGAUACGUGCCCAACAGAGCGCUGCAGUACUCACAAAAACUGCGCUCAGUCAACAUCAAAUACGGAAACAUUGUCGACGUCGCGCCCUACGCCCUCGCCAAUCUCACUAACCUACGCGAGGCCAUUCUCACGCAAAACCAAAUCGAGAAUCUACAACAGUUCGCCUUCGCACAUCUACCUAAUGUCACAAUGAUCAGCUUGGAGGACAACAUGAUUAUUGAAAUUGAAACCAACGCGUUCUUCGACCUGCCGAAACUACAGAAGCUCGUGCUCACAAAAAACAACAUUUCAACCAUAAGAGACGGCACGUUCCUGCACACGUUCAACCUAUUGGAGUUGGAUUUGAACAAAAAUAACAUAUUCAAUUUGAACCGGCACACGUUUGACGGAUUGGCAAACUUGCGGAAAUUGGAUCUGCGGCGAAACCGCAUUUGUAACUUGACGGAGUUUACUUUCGCGGAGCUGUGGAACCUGCAGGAGCUGUUGUUGGGGAAGAAUGACUUGAAGUUUGUUUCUGAACGCGCCUUCGACGGCUUGUCUCAGCUGCGCAAGUUGUCUCUAGAGGACAAUGACCUCGCUCGGCUCCCCACGGGACUGUUCGAGGGGGUCCGCGGCCUCUCUUCCCUCGACCUGCGCUCCAACAAACUCUACGCUUUCACCUUCGACAAUAUCAAGCCCAUAUUCGACAACCUCAAACCUCAGAACAGCAAUCUACUCCUCGAAGAAAACAACUUCGUGUGCGACUGCCAACUGAAAUGGUUCCAUUUGCUGCACAACGAGACCAAGAGCCAGAAUACCCGGGACUCGCUCGGGAGCGUCACCUGCCAAAUGGACCCCCCGGUCGUCAGCGCGGCCUACAACAAACUACCCGACGAUAGCAUCAACACUAAGGACUACAAUCAGGAAAUACUGCACGCCGGAAUCACCAUCGAGACUCAGAACGCUAAAAACAACGUCACAGUAAAGAAAUCGCUCGAAGAAGUCAAAGAUGUUAUUACAGACAACAACGAUAUCAAUCAGGAGACCGCUAAGAGAGGCGUUAAAAGGAAUGUUUUGAAGAUCGCCCCCAAUACUCUGCCGUGCCCCAAAAAGGAGAUAAAGACCACAGAACUACCGCCUUUCAUGGUCGACCCUAUAAUUCCCAUUCAGAAUGAAAUGAAAACAUACAGAUUCGAAGAUCAGACAAACGUAGCGAUUUCACUUACGCCGUUUCAAUUCCAAGUGACUGUUUUAUGGAGUGUCUGGUUGUAUUUGUUUUUGACGUAAGCAUCUUUCUACGCAUAUAAAAUUUUCGUCUAGUCAUUAAAGUGUAAGGUUAGCUAAGAUUCAGCUUAAAAUAAAUUGGAGUAUACAAUAUAUGGUAAUAAUACUUGGAGCACUUAAAAUUAAUACAUACGUACAUGUUUAAACAAUAGUGUUGAUACUACUCACCAUAAUAAUAAUAAUAAUAUGUGUUGUACUAUAUAAUUAAUGGGUAUUUUCUAAGUAGUAAUAGCAUUUCUUUUGUGCACCAUUCAUUAUAGAGUUAAUUUAGCGUCAUUAAAUAUGAACACUUAUGUCUGAUUAUUAUUGUGUAACAUUGUAAAAAGUAUUUUCACAAGGUUUUUUGUAUGAA